GGUUUUACUUAGGGCCAGUUCCUCGUCAGUUCUCUGGCACCAGCUCUCAUUUUUAAUAGCUUCUCUGACUCGCCUCACUUACCAAUCGCCCUAUGCUGAUUAGCAAGUGGAGAAGAGAAGGAAAAUCUUUUCUGUGGCAGUGGAACUUGCCGUGUCUACACCACGCAAACCAAAACUGUGUAUGAAGAGUUCGUGGUUGCGAGCUGGGAUGUGAUGCCCCGAGCAGCGCUUUGUGUGUGGGCAGGGAUCCCACUUCCGAGAGAGGAGAGCUUUUACACCGCACCUUUUUUCUCCUCUUUGGCACAAAGAGUGCGGGUUCAAGCAGCAAACCGCGAGCCAGCAGCGCUGCCCCGAUUGAGAGGAAAUAUUCCCCCUUCGGACGCUGGGUGGGGAUGUUGGCCGCGGACCGGAGCGUUCCUCGGUCCGCCCCGGGUUUGCACACACAGGGAGACAAAAAAAACCCGUGUGAGCUGAGCUGCUCGCAAAGGACUCGGAGCACUCCGGGGCUUCCAGAUUCCUUCACCCCAGGAUUGCCGGCCCACACUGCUCUUUUUCGGACACUACUAAAAAAUGCUGGGAGCCACCCAGGACAGUGGAUGGCUUUUCUGGGGAGUGAUGGCGUGUGGGAGACGGAGCAGAGACAGAAAGAGGCGAGUGAUCUUGUUUAUUCUGUGUGUUUGCGUGUGUCAGAGCGGGGCUGAAACCCUCCGCUACUCGCUGCCGGAGGAAAUGGAGAGGGACUCCUUUGUCGCCAAUAUCUCCAAGGACCUGGGGGUUCCUCUGAGCCAGCUUGCGGCUCGCAAAGCCCGCGUUGUGUCCGAGGGGAACGAGCAGCUUUUCCGACUCAAUCAAAACACCGGAGUCCUGACGGCAAAGGAAUCGCUGGACCGAGAGGAGAUCUGUCCUCAGAGCGAUACCUGCACGCUCGUCUUUAAGAUAUUCUUUGAAAAUCCAUUGCAGCUUAUCCGAGGGGAGGUGGAAGUUCGUGACGUAAAUGACAACUCGCCCGUGUUCCCAGAGAAGGAGAUGGUUUUAGAGAUUCUGGAAACAGCAUCUCCUGGCUCCCGUUUCCCCCUGGAAGGCGCCCAGGACAAGGACGUGGGCAUUAACGGUUUGCAGAACUACAGCCUCGGGCCCAACCCUCAUUUCUCCCUCGCUAUUGGAACAGCGAAAGAUGGAGUAAAAUACCUGGAACUUGUCCUACAGCGUCAGCUCGAUCGUGAAGAGCAGGGAGAGCUGAAUUUACUUCUGACCGCCACCGACGGGGGGUCACCACCCAGGUCGGGCACGGCUCAGGUCCGGAUCGUGGUGCUGGAUGCCAAUGACAACAUUCCUGUCUUCGAAAGGGAGACCUACGAGGUGCGCCUGGCUGAGAACAGCCCCCUGGAGCAGCUGGUGGUCAGGGUCGCUGCCGAGGAUCCCGACGAAGGGUCCAACGGGGAAGUGCGUUAUGCCUUUACCCAGACAUCGGAGCGAUCCCGGCAGCUCUUCCAGCUGAACCCGACCACCGGUGAAAUACGAGUCGCGGGCAAGCUGGAUUUUGAGGAAGCAAAAUCCCACAAGAUGGUGGUGAAAGCCACGGACGGCGGAGGGCUGUCUGCGCAUUGCAAAGUGCAGGUGGAGGUCCUGGACGUGAAUGACAACGCCCCGGAGAUAGCGCUCACCUCCCUCAGCGCCUCCAUUCCCGAGGAUGCCCCGCCACGCACCGUGGUGGCUCUGUUCAGUGUGCGGGACCGGGACUCCGGGGACAACGGCAGGACGGAGUGUUCCAUCGACGGGGACUUGCCAUUCAGUCUCACCCCCACUUUUGAUAAUUAUUACGAACUGAGAACAAACGCGGCUCUGGACAGGGAGAGGACGGCGGAGUAUAACAUCACCAUCACAGCCACGGACUGGGGCAGGAAGCGGCUGAGCUCUCAGGAAAGCAUCUUCGUGCAGAUAUCCGAUGUGAACGACAACCCCCCAGAGUUCACCCAGGAGAUUUACACCAUGUCUGUCACGGAGAACAACAGCCCCAUGCUCCGGAUCGGCAGCAUGAAGGCCACGGACGCCGACGCAGGAAUAAAUGCCCGUGUGAACUACGCGCUGGUGCGGCAGGAGGGCAAAGAGCAGCCCGAAGUGUCAGUCAAUGCUGAAAACGGGGAUGUUUAUAUCCUCCGCCCGCUGGACUACGAGAAGGUGCGCGCCUUCGAGGUGAGAGUGCGCGCAGCCGACGGCGGCUCCCCGCCGCUCAGCGCCCAGGCCGUGCUGCGCAUCGUCGUGCGGGACGAGAACGACAACGCGCCCGUGCUGCUGCACCCGGGCGCCGACAGCAGCGCGGCCGGAGAGCUGGUGCCGCGCUGGGCACCCUCCGGCUACCUGGUGGCCAAGGUGGUGGCGGUGGACGCGGACGCGGGGCAGAACGCGUGGCUGUCCUACGAGCUGGCCAAGGCCACGGAGCCGGCGCUGUUCCGCGUGGGGCUGCACAGCGGCGAGGUGCGCACGGCGCGCGCCGUGACAGAGAGGGACGCGGCCCGGCAGAGGCUCAUCGUGCUGGUGCGGGACCGCGGGCAGCCGCCGCGCUCUGCCACUGCCACCCUCGCCGUGGCACUGGUGGACGGCUUCUCCGAAGCCCAUUUACAGGUGAGAGAGGAGGCACCGGCCGCCGAGCCCGACGAGCCGCUUACUCUUUACCUGAUCGCCUCGCUGGUCUGCGUGUCGGCGCUGUUCCUCGCCACCGCAGUGACCGCCGUGGUAGUGAAGGUGCGGCGGGCCAGGCGGAGAGAGACGGAGACUUUGCCCACGUUCCCAGCGACUGCCACGGAGAGCAGCGCGGGCUCCCUGCCCCGCAGCUACGUGUACGACGUCUGCUUCGCCGCCGGGACCGUCAACAGCGAGUUCCGUUUCCUCAGGCCGCUUUUCCCCUGCUUCCCCGCCGGGCUGCCCCCCGGCCCGGGCGAGCAGCGGAGCUCGGUGUGCUCGCAGGAUGCGGCCAACCUCGGCGGCGAGGGCGACUGGACUGCGCAGGGCAGUGCUUCCCUCUCUGAAGAUAUGGGGCCCAGAGCUGCAGAUGCAGCUGCAAACAGGGAGCUGGAGCUAAAUGUCAGUUCUGAGCAAAACCCUUGGCUCGCCCAUCAAUAAGUGAAGAGAAAGACAAGUAUGUCUGUCCUCACAGGGAAAAGGGAACAAAGAGACCAAACACCUCCUUAAAAUGUACCAGGGAGAUCAAACCUUCUCUGUGAGAGUACUUUCCCCUUGAGCAGUACUUUAUUCAUGUAGGUAUUUUGUAAUUGUGCUGUCGAUGGAGAAGGACAACUGUGCUGCAUGUUGAUUACAUAAUAAUGUAUGAUUGUGAGAAUGCUACUGCUUCUACAUACUUCGAGAAAUACUGAAAACUGUCAGCAGAUCUUUAAAUGUUUAACUUCUUGUUACACCGCCUUCUCAGGGGGUUUCCUUUCAUGCUUUUUUUUUUUUUAAUGGAGAGAGCUUUGUAAUAAUAUCUUAAUUUUCUGCCGUGUAUUCAACACCAGGUAAAACAGAUAUUAUGCAAAAUUAAGUUGUGGUUGCAAAGGAAUUUCUUACAAAAUAAGCAGAAGCUGUUUACAUUUUGAACUUCUGGCAUUGGCACACUUGGCAUAUUUGACCAGGAGCUUACAGGCUCUCCUAAUUGUAAAGAGUGGGCUUUGAGCAGUGUAUUCUCUAGUCCUUUCUUUUUUUCCACAAAAUUGAAAAUACCAUUUCGCGGUUUUUAAAAACCAAGAUAAUGAAAAGUAUUCUUUGUAGUUUUUCAGUAAAAUAGACAAAACCAUUUACAAUUAGCUUAGGACACUGUAGAAUAUAGGGUGUCAAGAAGCUUUCUGGUUUUCUUUCCUUAGUCGGUAUUAAACUAUAAAGUAAUGUGGUAAUUCCUCUCGUUGAACCAUUUUAGAGUCAAAUGAGUGAUGACAGAAAACAAUAAAAUCUACUUGGAACUCCCUCGGGUGAGUGUGCUGUCUCGAGAUCACUUGCUGCAGUCAUCGCCGAGGAAAAAGCAAAUUCAAUAACAAGAUUUCGGGAAUAAAUCCGUGUAUCUGGAGUGGAAUUUAUGCAGGGGAAAUCAGAAAGACCUGGGAA